AACCGUAGAACCCAUAGUCGCCUUCCCAUCCAAUUCACCACCUCUCACAGCCCACUCCUAACUACAUAGCUCACAAUGGUCCUCAAGCUCUUCGGUCACCCUGACUCGACUUGCACCAAGCGUGCUGCUGUCGUCCUCCACGAGAAGAACAUCCCCUUCGAGUUCCACCAGAUCGACUUCAGCAAGCAAGAGCACAAGUCCCCCGGAUUCCUCGAGAAGCAGCCGUUCGGACAGGUCCCCUAUCUCGAUGACGAUGGCUUCAUCGUCUACGAGAGCAGGGCCAUUGCUCGAUACCUCGCUGAGAAGUAUGCCGACAAGGGACCCGCACUCAUCCCCGUCGACAUCAAGAAGAAGGGCCUCUUCGAGCAGGCUGCCUCAGUCGAAGUCUCCAACUUCGACGCCUUCGCCGCUCCUGCCGUCUGGGAGAAGGUCUUCAAGCCAUUCUACGGACUCACCACCGACGAGGAGGCCUUGAAGAAGCACCUUACCAGUCUCGAGGCCAAGCUCGACGUCUACGACAAGAUCUUGGGCAAGCAAAAGUACCUUGCUGGUGAUGAGGUUACCCUCGCCGAUCUCUUCCACCUUUCCUAUGGUGCUCUCCUCCCCGCUGUCGGCAGCAAUGCCAUCCAGGAUAGGCCGAACGUUGCCAGGUGGUUCAACGAUAUCUCUGAGCGACCCGCCUGGAAAGCAAUCAAGGACGGCAUCAAGCCCAUCUCUGCUUAAGUUUUAUAAUUCAAUUCAAAGUACAAUUGUCAUUAUUUCAUAUUUGCAAUGGACAUUCUUACGACGUCUCCUGAGGAAGUGCGACCAAUUUCGUCCCAGACACCUUAUCCUCCUUCAUCCUCUGCAACCCAUCCUUAAUUCCAUUCAACCCAUUCGGAAGCGUC